UGCUCCACAUACAACAAAAUUGUAAAGAACUCAAAAUUAUUAUCGAUACAACAAAAUUGGAAAAUAGGUCAAUGUUUCGUUAACAAUUUUAGUUUCGGUUCACUAGAUAUUAGCUAGCUAGUCGACUAGCUAAAUAAUGGGUCGUGUGACUGCUGUAAAAUGGGAGAAAUCGACGCCAAUUAAACCAUCUAAUAAUAUUAUAUCCUCAGAUUUCGCUAAAUACUGUCCCCAACAAUGGAAAUUCAUGGAAGGCGAUGCCAACAUUUGUUUGUUGUUGUGUAAUGAAUAUCAAAGGAUGUGGCUGAGCGAGAGAGACGAUUGGAAAAAACGCAUGUAUAAAAAAAAUACAACGGCCAAGGAAGAUGCGGUGAAGCGUAACGUUUCUGGAUUAAAAAAUAAUGUAAAAUCUUCAAAGCCCGAAGUCAACAAGCCAUUGAAAUUAAAAAAAUUCGAGAAUGUAUCAAGUAAAGCGGUCACAAAAAGGGCCUCCAAAGAAUCACCACAAGCUUAAUGUUUUAUCAGUGAUUUUUUUUUGUGCUUCUGCCCAAAGAGAAUACCCAGUAGUAUAG